GCCGUUAUGGAAGAGAGACAAUUACUUAACUUGCUUCCACUGUCGGUCUUCACUUAGUGAAUCAAACCUUCUCCAAUCCAAUACAAUCCUACCUCCUAUUUAUCUCGCACACCAAAGCAAAAAGGAGAGAAUCAUUAACGUACCUAGGAACCUACCCAUCAAAAUGAGCACCCAAGUCGAGUCCGUCGAGCAAUUCGACUUCAUCGUCGUCGGAGGCGGCACCGCCGGCUGCGCCGUAGCCGGCCGUCUAGCCGAAUCCCCCCAAGUCAACGUCCUGGUCAUCGAAGCCGGCAUCGGCAACCCGGGAGACGUCGACGCCAUCACGACGCCCGCGCGAGCCUUCGAGCUGCGCGACAGCAAGUACGACUGGGCGUACAAGACGACUAUGAUCGACCGCCCGGAGUACACGCGCGUCGAGAAGCCCAACACGCGCGGCAAGACCCUCGGCGGCUCUAGCUGCCUGAACUACUACACGUGGAUCCCGGGUUCGGCGGGCACCUUCGACGACUGGGCGGCCUUCGGCGGCGACGAGUGGAAGUGGGACAGCGUGCGAGAGUACCUGUACAAGCCGGCGACGUACCACGACGACAGCCACAGUUUCAGCGAGGAGCUAAGUUACAUUGGUAGGGGCGGGCCGAUCCCCGUCUCGCACUCAGACCUGAUACCCGAGAUGCAGGGGUUCCGCGACGCGCUGACGCAAGCGUGGACAAGCAAGGGCGGCGAGCUGACCGACGACGUGCACAGCGGCACCAUGCGCGGCCUCUGGAAGUGCACCAAUAGCAUCUACAACGGGCAGCGCUCCUCCAGCUGGCUUUAUCUCAAGGACAAGACAAACGUCACCGUGCUCUCCGGCACCAACUCCAAGCGUCUGCUCAUCAACCCCACCACCAAAAAGUGUCUCGGCGUCGAAGUGAUCCUACCUUCCGGCAGCGCCCUCGCCUUCCACGCCAAGCGCGAGACUAUCGUCUCUUCCGGCGUCUUCGAGAGCCCCAAGCUACUCAUGCUCAGCGGCAUCGGCCCUAAAGCCGCUCUCGCCAAAUUCGACAUCGAGACCCUCGUCGACUCCCCCCACGUGGGCCAGAACCUCCUCGACCACCCCAUCCUGCCGCACGUCUUCCGGCUCGCCGACGGCAACGGGCUAGACCAGCACCUGCUGCGCGCGGGUCUCGAGCGCGACGCAGCCGCCAGCGCGUACCGGUGGAAGAACAAAGGGCCCUACACGUCUGGCCUCCUCGAGCUAGUCGGGCUCCCGCGCAUCGACGAGCGACUACUCAAGUAUCCCGAGUACGUGGCGGCCAAAGAAGCGAACGGGGGGUUAGAUCCCUUCGGGCCGGCGGGCCAGCCGCACUUCGAGAUCGACUUCGUGCCCAUGUUCAGCGACGCCUUCCAGUGGCACAUCCCCACGCCGCCAUCGGGAGACUACCUAACCGUGAUCGUGGAUCUGCUGCGGCCGCAGAGCCGGGCGGGGACUGUUGAGCUCAGCAGUAAGGACCCCUUAGUACAGCCGAAGAUCAAUCUUAAUUUCUUCGCGAACGAGCUGGAUAUCCUGGCCUUGCGCGAGGGAAUCCGCUGGGUGGAUGAUGUGCUGAUGACGGGAGAGGGCAUGCGCGAUAUGAUUAGAGAGGACUACCCCUGGCCGAUGCCGAGGACGUCGGACGAGGCGAUGGAUAAGUUGAUUCUGGAACGGUCGCAGACGGGGUUCCACCCGUGUGGGAGUGCGCGCAUGGGACGGGACGUGGAGCAGGGUGUGGUUGAUGGCAAGCUGAAGGUGUUUGGGGUUGAGUGCUUGCGUGUUAUCGAUGCCUCGGUCAUUCCUGUGAUACCUGACUGUCGGAUUCAGAACUCAGUGUACAUGAUUGCUGAAAAGGGCGCCGAUAUGAUCAAAGCCGAGUAUCCAGAGCUAUAUGCUUAGGUAGUGGAGUUUGAGUCGGAAUAGUCUUUCCUUGAGUAUCAUGAAUUAUGACUUGAUAUGAACAGAAGAACAGAAGAACAGAGGAAGGAGAUGUUGAGAUGAAUUUGUUAUCCUCACUUGAUUGUUUGUCGAUUAUGUAACUAUGAGGCUUUAUUUGGCAAAGGGGGUUUCAUUACAUAACUAAUAUUUCUCAAUGUUAUUUCAGGAAAUAUACAAAGUACAAACGAUCAAACCCAUCACGAAGAAUGCUCAUUGUAUGACUUCAGAGCUUCAUGUGAUUGCUAACUCACCUUAGAUGAUUGGUGAGUUCGUCUCAAGUCGCCGAGCCCCAUUCGAAGUACCCGGCAGUCAGGUUAGCCCAGUUGACUUAAGAUGACCCGAUAGAAUGGAACAGGGCUUCGGCGACAUAGUAGCGAUAAUGAAUCGGCAUAAGGGAAUGCCAAUGGUGUCAUGAUCACUGGGAAAUGUGCAGAAAUAAUUUUG